CCGCUCAAGUCGCUGGAUCUUGGAUAUGCCAUUGCCAUAACCUCUCUUUCUGGUGCAGAUGCAGAGCAUAUUGGAUUCGUUACGGCGGGCCCACAACGACGGCGAAGUUAACAACCGUAAAAAGCGCAAAUACGACACACAGCGAGUUGCGGCCAGCGGAAGCUUAACAUCCGGAUAAUAUUGCCAGGCAGUUUCAGUUGUUGUUCUGCUGCCUCGCCUGCUUCUGCCGCUGCUUCUUCUUCUUCUUCUCCUGCUGCUGCCUGCUGCUUCUUCUUCAUCGUCUUCGGUUCGGUGGCAAAGCCUGUUGCUCAAGCCAGGCCUCUCUCCUUCCACCUCAUCCCGUCUCCUCUGCCACCGCCUCCGCCUCUGCCAUUCGCCUCCGUCCGCUCUUUCCACGAUUCUCCUCUCUCGGCACCGCCAAAAGGCACGUAAACUGGUUGUUGCUGUGCUGUGCUGGUUGGGCCGUACACUUCGUGGUGCCCGUAUUUCGUACUUUUCGUAUUUUCAGUGCUGCCUGAGCGCUUGAGCUGCGCGAGUCGCUUGCCGGGAAAAAUCGGAAUCGGAAUUGGAAUUCAGCUAUCGGAAAUUGGCCACUCGGAUCUGGACGACAUGGAGCUGGCCUACAAUGCGUCAUCGUCGGCGGCCUCCGCUGCCUCUGCCUCCGCCUCCUUCGCGUUCACCAAUACCGCCAAGCUGCCCAUCGAAACGGUGAAGCGCCUGAUUGCCGCCGUCUCACGACGUCCAAUGUUGUGGCUGCGCAACAAUGCCAAUGGCCAGAAGCGCAGCGACAUCACGCCCGUCUGGUUCGAGGUGGGUCAGGAUGUCAAUCUGCCAGCCGACAUCUGCCGCAUCAAGUGGGGCCACCUGAGGGACAACUUUCGCAAGGUGUACAUCCGCAAUAACCUGUCCAAUGAGACGCCCUCGUCGUGGCGCUUCUACAACGACAUGCGGUUCAUGGAGCCGGCCGUCCAUGAGAAUAUCAUGCGGCAGACGCGGAGCAGCAGCAAGAAGCAUCCACCGGGACACUGGUCGGAGAAUAACAAUGUGCUGGGGCCGGACAAGUAUGACUCCAUGCCCAUUGUGGCCACGGAGCCGAUUUGUGAGCUUAGCCACAGCUACGACUCGGAGCUGCAUCAGCCGAGUUUCUCGGACAUCAGCUCGUUUUUCGAGGAUCGCGACUGCCAGCCGCCGGAGAGCAAGAGGUUCAAGCUGGAGCCGGAUCAGCGGGAUGACGGGGAGGAGGAGGAUGACGACGACUUUGACGAGGAUGCUGCCUCGGAGAACCUGGAGGAGGAACGUGGCAGUCGGGCGGAGGCUGGCAGCUCCGGGGUAUUCACCAUAGAGGUGCUGGACGACGACGAGGAACUGGAGCAGGCGGUGACCAAGGCCAAGGCCAACAAUAGCCACAGUUCCAGCUUGAAGAGCGAGCCGGAGGCCAAGGUUUUCGCCCACUCGCAGUCCCCCUCCUCCGAUCUGCCCUUUAAGUAUAUCAGCACGGAUGCGGCCACCAAUACGGAUCCCACGGGUGGAGAUCUGCAGGACGAGGCGGAUCGCAUGUUCCUGCUUAGCCUGAUGCCCUUCCUGCAGAGAUUGGACAACCGGCGGCGGCUGCGCGUGCGCCAGAAGCUGCAGAACGUGCUCAUCGAGGAGCUGGAGUUCGGCUGACGAGGCGGAUCUCCGUUUCCUUUUCCGGCGGCGGAAUGUGGGGAGAUGUACUUUAUAAGCCUAGCUUACAGUAUUAUAAGAACGCGACUGACUAACUCUGUGGAUCUGCCUACAUACGUAGCAUGUAAUCAGUAUUCCGGCCUGCCUUCCUUCAUGCGAACACACUUCCAUACAUACCAUAUUACAUUACCAUUACACUUACACUUACAAU